AGUCUCGCGCAGAAGGUCGACGGGUGAGGUGGUGCCGAGCUGUCUCGUAGGAAGCGCCGAGCGUGACCGAGCAGCGCCGAGUGAUACCCCAGGGAAUCGAGAGGAGACAGACACGCGGAGGACAGGAGAAUUACCGCACGUGGCCGCUGAGGGAGAUCAGACUAAGGCUGUGAGGACGUCAGCUGAUGGCCGGCGGGUGACGUCGAGCUAACGCCAUGACCAGCUCCACGCUUGAGCUCAUCAGUCCGCGGCCGUACUACACCACUCAGGUUCUGGCCUCCCUGGCAGUGGCCAUGGGUCAGCUGGCGGUCGGCCUCGGCAAGGGGUACAGCUCGCCGGCUCUCCAGUCGCUGGCCGGAGCGCGCGAGCACGGUGGGCUGGCCAUCAGCGCGCAGCAGGGCUCCUGGGUGGCCAGUCUGUCGCUGCUGGGCGCGCUGGUGGGCGGCCUGCCCAGCGGCCUGGCGCUGCGGCUCGGCCGGCGCCGGCUGCUGGCCGCCGUCAGCGUGCCGUUCGCCGCCGCCUGGUGGCUGGCCGCCGGCGCCGGCUCCGUCUGGGAGCUGUACGCGGCCGCCUUCAUCAGCGGCGUCUGCUCCUCGGUGGUGGCCGUCGUGACGCCCGUCUACGUCAGCGAGAUCGCGCAGCCGGCCGUGCGCGGCAGCCUCUGCUCGCUGACCAAGGUGGCGACCAGCGUGGGCCUGCUGCUCAGCUACAGUCUGGGCGUGGCGCUCGACUGGCGCCGGCUGGCCAUGGUCGCCUCCGCCGGGCCUCUGCUGCUGCUGCUCGGCUGCUGCUGCGUGCCAGAGACGCCCAGCUUCCUCAUGUUCCGCGGCCGGGACCGCGAGGCGCGCGCGGCGCUCCAGUGGCUGCGCGGCCCCUCGGCAGACAUCAGCUCCGAGCACGACGUCAUGCGCGCCAACAUCGUCUACAUCAAGCAGGAGCAGCCGUCGUGCGGAGACGCCUCCCCGGAGCAGUGGCGCGCGCUGGUGCGGCCCGUGCUCGUUACCACCGGCCUCAUGUUCCUGCAGAAAUUCUCCGGAGUGCACGCGUUCAGCUUCUACGGCGUCACCAUCCUGGACAAAGUGCUGGCGCGAGCGAGCGCGCAGGGCGCCGCGGCCGUGGUGGCCCUGCUGCAGAUCCUGGCCGGGCUGACGUCCAGCGUGUUGAUCGACACGGUCGGCCGCCGGCCGCUGCUGAUGGUCAGCAGCGCGCUCAUGUCCGUUUCGCUGGCCGGUUUCGGCACGUUCGUGUACGUGGUGGAGCGGCUGGAGUGGACGUCGGCCCAGCAGGCGCCGUUCGACUGGGUGCCCAUGUCGUGUGUGCUCGUCUGUCAGGUGGCGUUCGCGCUCGGCGUCGGCCCGAUCUCGUGGCUGCUGAUCGGGGAGCUGUUCCCGCUGCGGCAGCGCGGCCUCGGCGCGCUGGCGGCGUCCGUCAGCUACGGCUGCGCGUUCGUCAGCGUGAAGACGUUCGUGGACCUGGAGCGGUGGCUCGGCCUUUGCGGGGUGUUCUGGUUAUACGCGGUGGUGUCGCUCUUCUGCCUGGCGUUCGUCCUGGUGUUUGUGCCCGAGACCAAGGGACGCGAACUGGAGGAGAUGGAGGAGAGGACAAGGUUCGUGUAGUGAACCCCUUAGGAAAUGACGCACAGAACUACGCUCGUGUGGUGAACCACUCCAGUAUUUGGCGGAGAGACACUUUUGUGCUGUGCCAGGCGGCAUGGGUUACCGACGCCACGCGAGCCACGCCUGUUGUUUGAACCGCUGCGGAUAUUUUAUUGCCCGUUAUGACAUGGGACCGCCGCCAAUCGGUGUGAUGUGUGAUAUGUGAUCGCCGCAUGUCGCCGGUGUCGAUGUGACCGCUCGUUGAUGCGGGUCUCCGUCGGUGACUGCCUCGAUGUGACUCAGAAUCUGCACUGCCAGUGUCAGGGCAGAGGGUGACGAUUGCGGGUACCGUCGUCUACCUCGCUCUCUCGCCGUGGCCGCGUAUUUAUUGUCCUGUCUGUGCGUGAUCUUGUGCCAGUAGAUUUUAGACGCCCAUUGAGGUCUUCUGAGGACUUUGAGGCGUACCAUCCUACUCCUGUGUUCCUCGUCUGCUGAGCUGCAGCAGUGUCAUGUUGAUCUCAUUUUAUAUAUCCAUUUCAUCCCUUUUUGAGUGUAUCAUCUUCAAGUAAUGAUGAAUGUGAUGUCACCUGUUUACAAAUAUAUCACGCCUCGUAACAUC